CACCGAAAAUCAUCUUGGAUCAAGCAAAAACCAAACAAAAAUGGAGAAUCACAACUUGCUAUUCUUGUUCACAACUUCUCUAAUAAUCAUAGCACUCACUCACAAGUUCUUGCGCCGAUUGAUCACAAGAACGCCCAAAAAGAACCACCCUCCAAGUCCACCUUCCCUCCCGGUCAUCGGCCACCUCCACCAUCUCAAGAAGCCCGUCCACCAGACCCUCCUCGCUCUCUCCCGCAAGUAUGGCCCCGUCCUCUCCCUCCGCUUUGGCGUCCGCCCCGUCAUCAUCGUUUCCUCGGCGCCUGUUGCCGAGGAAUGCUUCACCCAGAAUGACGUCGUCCUUGCAAACCGACCCAAGUUCAUCAUUGGAAAGUACCUUGGGUACAACUACACCACGGUCGUCCUCUCCCCCUAUGGCGAUCACUGGCGCAACCUUCGCCGCAUUGGUGCUGUCGAGAUCCUCUCCUCGCACCGCCUUGACACAUCUUACGGAAUCCGCAAGGAUGAGGUCAAGCGCCUCUUGAGGAAGCUGCUCGGGUGCCAAAGCAGUGACGGCUCGGCAAGGGUGGAGCUUAGGGGGGCCCUGACGGAGUUGAUGUUCAAUGUGAUGAUGAGGAUGAUGGCGGGGAAGAGGUACUAUGGGGAGGACGUGAGCGACGUGGAGGAGGCGGCGAUGUUCAGGAACAUCAUCAAGGAGAUCGUGAAGAACUCAGGAAGCUCGUACCCCGGAGACUUCCUGCCGCCGCUGAGGUGGAUUGAUUACGGUGGCUACAUUAAGAGGAUAUUCAAGCUCGGGAAGAAGACGGACGGGUUCUUGCAGGGGCUGAUCGACGGGCAUCGGCAGAAGAAGGAGAGCGAGGAGGACAAGAAAAGCAUGAUCGAUCACUUGCUGGUGAUGCAGGCGUCGCAACCUGAGUAUUACACGGACGAGAUCAUCAAGGGAUUCUUGCAGACAAUACUGAUUGCCGGAACUGAUACAUCAUCGGUUACAAUGGAGUGGGCAUUGGCCAAUUUGCUCAACCAUUCCAACAUCUUAGAGAAGGCAAGAAUGGAGAUAGACUCCCAAAUUGGGCAGGAUCAUUUGAUAGAUGAAUUGGAUCUCGCGAAGCUACCUUACCUUCAGAACAUUAUCACAGAAACGCUUCGCUUACACCCGCCUGUCCCGCUUCUCAUACCCCAUUACUCGUCAGAUGAUUGCACAAUAGGAGGAUACGAUGUGCCCCGUGACACAAUUGUGAUGAUCAAUGCUUGGGCCAUUCACCGAGACCCCGAACAAUGGCCUGAUCCGACGGCCUUCAAGCCGGAAAGGUUUGAAAGUGGUGGUGGUCAAAUGAAUAGAUUGAUGUUGCCUUUUGGGAUGGGGAGGAGAGCAUGCCCCGGUGCACCUUUGGCUCAUAAAAUGGUGGGCUUGACUUUGGCUUCGCUCAUUCAAUGCUUUGAAUGGAAGCGGACUGGUGAAGAGGAAGUUGACAUGGGAGAGGGUGAAGGCCUAACAAUGCCCAAGGAAAAGCCAUUGGAAGCAUUGUGCAAAGCACGUGAGAUCUUGAAUAGAGUUCUCUCUUAAUCAUCUAAUGAUGUAUGAGGGUAGCACAUUUACGUUGUAAUAUUUUAUAACAGAUUGUUUUUAAUGAUGUAAUAUUGUGCCAGCAUUUGAUUGCUUUUGUUUUAGUUCAUAAGUGCAGCGAUAUGUACAUUAC